CCGUCCGAUUGGCCCGGUUCACCUCAGCUAAAGCCUUCAGUCUGCCUCCGACAGGCGUACGGGGAGAACGCAUGCCGUCCUGGCGCUGCCCCAUCCGUGUGACCUAACAACGCAAAAUCUUCAAUAAAAUCGUGUGUGAAACCUAUAUUUUCCCCCUGUGAUUUGUUUAUUAUCAUCCAUGACGUAUCUCCAGUACGGGGGAACUGCUAAAUAACAAGUGAAAACUCCGAGAGUAACGCAAUAGCGAUACAUAUUUUUCGGGAAAAAUAUGAUUGCGGUGCCAAAGAAAAGAUGUCCCAAUAUACAAAAAUCGUAAACAGUACCACCGCAACAAACUGAACCGUACCUGCCAUGACAUCCGAGGAACCAAUCGAUGUGGUCGCAAAGAAGGCUGACGCUAAGAAACCAAAUGCAAACUUCCCCGACGACAAUCCCGAAACCAAAACGGAUAAGCAUCAAGAACACCUCAAACGUACCCAUCAGUUAAUGCAACUAGUGUACGAACUUCCAGAUGAACUAGAAACAGUCCCAGAAAACAACAACAUGCUUAAAGAAAACCCACCGAUAACUAUCGUCGAAAUCACGGAACAGAAUGGUUGUGAAACUGAAUUAGGUAGUGCGAGAUGUGAUAGUGAUUAUUUCCAAGAGUCUAGUCCCGAUUUAGGCAAUAAGGUCGUAUACGAUGUGUUAGAAACUAACGAACUAUUAAUGCAAUGUGCGGAUGAGUUCAAAGAGGUUAUAGACAGGACUUCACCUGAUGAUACGACGGAUGAGGAUUUGCUAGAGUUGAAAUCUUUAUUGGAAAGUAAGCCAAAGUUGUUGGAGAGGUAUAUUAGGGAGUGUGCGAGUGUAGAUGAAGUGAAUAGGUUGCAUAAGAUAACUUCGUGCGGUUCGCUGUCACCGAGGCCACAUCAUGAAGCGAGGAGUACGUCGGUUACGUCAGAUCUCUUCCAGUUAUGGCUGUCUUCGUCGCCGGUUAAGAGAUCGAGAUCGCCCAGCAGCUCAGCGCAGAGGCAGCUCGAAGAGGCGGAUCUUUUUAUGGACCUCAUCAAAGACGUGGCCAAUGAACUGGACAUUGACGUUUUAUGUCAUAAGAUCCUGGUGAACGUCUGCCUCCUCACAGCGGCUGAUAGAGGAAGCCUGUUCCUGGCAAAAGGCACCCCGCCCCACAGGUACCUGCAGGCGAAACUAUUUGACGUCACCAGGGACACAGAUCUCUUCACUGCACUGCGGAUAGCACAGACGCAAGAGAUCAGAAUCAACUUCGGUGUAGGAGUUGCUGGGCUAGCGGCUCAGACGAAGCAUCCUAUUAACAUUAGGAAUGCGUAUGCUGAUCCUAGGUUUAACAGUGAAAUAGACGCGCGAACAGGCUACAAAACAGAGCUAAUACUAUGUAUGCCGAUUUGCAACUACGAGGGGGAUGUCGUUGGAGUUGCACAGAUUAUAAACAAAACAGAUGGUUCCAAAGAAUUUUCCCCGCGUGACGUGGAAGUAUUCCGACGGUACCUCACAUUCUGUGGCAUUGGCAUCCAGAACGCUCAGCUCUUCGAAUCCUCAGUUCUAGAGUACAAGAGAAACCAGAUCCUCUUGGCAUUAGCGAGGAGUAUAUUUGAGGAGCAGAGUAACUUGGAAUGUUUGGUGACUAAGAUUAUGACUGAAGCGAGGGAACUGUUGAAGUGUGAGCGAUGUGCGGUUUUUAUUUUGGAUACGGAUCAUUGUGAAUCGAGUCAUCUAGAACGAAUAGUGCAAAGGCCGGGCGGGCGUCGCAGCGAGAUACCCGCGUUACCGCCACCCGCACCCACGCGGUUUCACACGCUCUUCGAGCUUGGCGCUAAGCAUACGAGGACGACGCUAACACCGCGACACGACAUCAAGUCCACACUGGCGUGUAUUGCGCUUGCGGUGGCCCAAUCAAACAAAGCACUAAACAUAUCGGAUGUGGACGAAUGGCGGCAGGAAAACGGCAUGGUGGUAGCGGAUAUUACAGCAGACGACGCAAUCAAUGUCAGGACCAUGCUGUGUAUGCCUAUUGUCAAUGCGAAUAAGGAUGUUAUUGGCGUGGCACAGUUGAUUAAUAAAGUACGUACAGAAAAUGGAUCGCAGUUUACUGACGGAGACAUCUCAAUAUUUGAGGCGUUCGCCAUUUUCUGCGGGCUCGGAAUCCAUAACACACAGAUGUAUGAAAACGCUUGCAAGCUGAUGGCGAAGCAGAAGGUAGCGCUGGAAUGCCUCUCCUACCAUGCGACGGCGUCUACCGAAGAUACUAGCAAGCUGUGCCAAGACAUCAUUCCCUCGGCAGAGAUCUACAAUCUUUAUAGCUUCCAAUUUCAUGAUUUCGAUCUAUCUGAUGAAGAUACCUGCAGGGCGACGCUACGUAUGUUUUUACAAUGCAACCUAGUCGAAAAAUUUCAUAUACCUUACGAUGUCCUCUGCCGAUGGAUACUAAGCGUAAAGAAGAACUACCGUCCAGUCAAAUACCACAACUGGAGACACGCCCUUAACGUUGCUCAAACCAUGUUCGCGAUGCUGAAGACGGGCAAAAUGGAACGGUUCAUGUCCGAUCUAGAGAUCCUGGGUCUACUGGUCGCUUGUCUAUGCCACGAUCUGGACCAUAGAGGGACUAACAACGCGUUUCAAACGAAGACGGAGAGUCCUCUGGCGAUUUUGUAUUCAACAUCGACAAUGGAGCAUCACCAUUUUGAUCAGUGUGUUAUGAUUUUGAACAGCGAAAGCAAUAAUAUUUUUCAGGCCUUAUCACCAUGUGAUUAUAAGAACGUAAUGCGUGUAGUGGAGACGGCAAUACUAUCCACGGACCUCGCUAUGUACUUCAAGAAGAAAUCAAAGUUCCUAGAGUUAGUUGAAAACGGCGAGUUCGAUUGGCAGAGUCGGGAGAAGAAAGAAUUGCUUUGCGGUAUGAUGAUGACAGCGUGCGACGUAUCAGCGAUAGCAAAACCCUGGGAGGUGCAGCAUAAGGUCGCCAAACUAGUUGCUGACGAGUUCUUCGACCAGGGGGACUUGGAGAAGUUGCAGCUUAACCAGCAACCCAUUGCUAUGAUGGACAGGGAGAAGAAAGACGAGCUACCUCAGAUGCAAGUAGGCUUCAUAGACAUGAUCUGCCUGCCGCUGUACAAAGUACUGUCAGACACGUUUCCCUGGAUCCAGCCGCUGUACACUGGCACGAUGGAGAACAGGCAGCGCUGGCAGGACCUCGCGGAGAAGGUGGAGAUGGGGCUCACGUGGAUCGACCAUGACACCAUCGACAAACCCAUAGAAGAGUUCACAGCAUCAAACGAGCCCAUCAAGGAUGUAGAGUUCACGGUGACAACGCUGAACUGCGCGCGGCCAGUGUCCGACACUACCAGCGUGGCGGUGGUGAAACCAAUCAAACCGUACUUCCAUUCGCUCAGACGAGGGAAAAGUGGGAGCGUUACUUCACGCCCUGCUAGAAGUAAACUUACUAGUUUCCUUCAGAUCCCUCUACGCGGCGCCAAGCUCGCGCGAAGAGAAAGAUCCGCUGACGGUGAAGCCGACGCCGCGCGAGCGCAGCCAGCCGACGACGCCGCAGGAGCCGACGCCGCUGCCGCACAAGCAGAAACAUAAAGGACGGUUAUGCCAUAUGUUGUGACGGUUAAGUUUCAACUGGAGUAGCCAGAGCAGUACAGAUAAACAGGACAGAGUGAAACCGUCCAAAUCAAUCGACUAAACGAACCGAGGGGCUAACACGGAAGUUGUUAUCACAUAGCGACCAUCGCAAUCGUUGUAAUUGGAUGAUUCUAUAGCAUUUUCGCUUUAACUGUGGAUUCUAGCCAACAGUGAGAGAGUGAGCCAAUCAAAGGUGAUUGCGAUUGUCAAAUUGUAGCUGUCCAACUUAAGUGCUAUGCCUACAGAAGGAAAACGCGCUGAAUGAGUGACUUUCUUAAAUAGUGUUGUUUCUUCGAGGUUAUUAGAUUAUCUACUAUUAGAACGGACCUACUUAGUAGUAAUAAAGUAGAUUUUUUAUCGUCUGAUUGAGAAAAAAUAUAAUUAUUGAAAUAAACUAUCUAGUACUUACUUACCCACGUAGGUAAUUUUAUUAAAUUUUUUUUCGCAAGUAAAUUUUUAGCACAAUUCGUUUUUUUUUUUUUUUCAAUUUUUAAGUACAUAGCAAGCAAUAAAAUUAACAAGGAACGUAUGCCACGUGCACACUGUAUGGUGAAUAAUGUGCUUUCGCAACCUUAACAUUAUUUAUGAAUUGAAAAUUAAGUGGGUAAUUUUAUAUUCACUUUAUCAAAGCUAAACUUUAUUUGAAACUUUGUUCAACGAAACGGAGCUUAUUAAGCAAUAAAUAUUUCUUCUUAACUCAUGUAACUAUAAAUAUAUUUUAAUAGACAUAGAAUUUUAAUAGAUACAAUUUUGAUAAACUAAGCAGCUUUUCUUGAUCAGACGAAACUUUAGAAAAGUUAACUACCUAUCUAGAUUGUAAUUUAUUUGCAUUAAGAAAAUAGUGAUUUUAAGGGGUACAUACAUCGGAUCGUAGCAUCAAAAUAAUAUCACAUGAGCGUUUGAGAUAGAUUUAAAUAUCUAAAUACUAUACUAUACUAAGUAAAAUGGAUGUAAACUGCAUUAUUUUAAGGCUCGAGUUCAUUCAGUCACCAGCGCACCAAGUGGAAACUCUGUGAAAUAAAAAUAAUAGUAAUUCUGGAAAUAGGAUUUUAAAACCAAAGGCUUUAAGUCCAUUUUACUCGUGACAUUUUAGUGUUCCGAUAAUCAAAAUCUAACAACGUUGUCGAGAUGAACGAACUUGUACUAAGGGGUCGAGGAUGUUAUUUCUAAGGAUAACUUAACUAUUUUCACAAUGCAAAUAAACUACAGCUAUUUUAUCUAUACGUCGUUUUGACGUGAAAAUGUUUUCCUGUAAAACUACUCUUAGAUAAAUGUUUACGUAUUUAAAUAUAGACUGUGAUCUAGUGUUACUUCACGAGAUAUCUAUUUUAAACUACUCUGUAUAUAUGUGACUAGUGAUGUCAAUGACAUAUAUUUCAAUAAAAAGUGUUACCUGUCUAUUUUGCGCAAAUGGGCAAUGUUAGAUACAAAACCGGUAGUUGCCCGCCCGCAAAUUGCAUUGAUGUGGGGCCGUGAAGGCCUAUUUUUCACUAAAAUUGCUGUGUACCUAGUUACCUAAACUGUUGUCAUCUUAACAA